CUAACUUUUAAUAAUUUUGAUAAGCAUUAAUUAUUAUUUAUGAUUUAAUAAUUUGAUUAGUAAAUAUGGAAUUUGGAGACUUAAAGAAUGAUAUAGUUAUUCAAGAGAAGCUGACAAAUUUCCACAACAGUGUAGAAAAAAUAGAACUCAUGCUCGAGAAACUUAAGUCUGCAGAUGUUUAUGAACAAUUAUCUGUAUCCGAAAAAGUAGAUUACGAUUUAUUUGUAGCUUACACACUAAAUACUUUGUACUGGUUGUACCUGAGAACUCAAAAUGAAGAUCCGAAUAAGAAUGAGGUGAAGAGCCAACUGAAUAGAAUUAAAGAAUAUAUGGUCAAAGCUAAACAGGCCCGUGAAAGGCACACCAUCAGACCUAGAGUAGACAAGCCUGCAGCAGAGAGAUUUAUCAAGCAUGGAAUUAACUACAGUAGAAGUGAAGACAAUACACCAACUCUAAUCAAAAAGAUUCGAUUUGAGGACUGAAUUACUGUGUCUAGCAAUUUUAUAAUGUUUUAUUAUAAAGAAUUUUUUAUAAUUGUAUAAGUUUG